AUGCCGCGCAGCCGUGUGUUGUCUUUCAUGUCGCAAUGGGGAAGUGACAAGAGCGACAAAGGCGGACUACGCACGACCGGUACGAUGAACGACGCAGAGCAAUCCAAACUGCGGAAGACGCCUUCCCCCAACCCCGAGAACCUACCUCCGAAGCAACGACCGCUGAACAUCGACACCGCGAGCCCAGUCGCCGCCCAGCUGAGAUCGGACACGUUUGCACAGCGCUCCCCCCGCUCCCCAACCACACCAUCGAGAUCAAGAGGCGACUCCCGGGUGAGCACGCGGCCGAACAGCAUGAUACAGACCUUCCAGCCGCCACAGAUGGAAGUUGCAGCAGACACCCCACCUGAGCUGCAGCCAAUCUUCAGCUAUUUGAACAGUCACGGCAACAAAUUAUACCAAGAAGGCUACUUUUUGAAGCUACAUGAUCUCGACUCCCGGGGCCGUCCGAGCCCGUCUAGGGUAUGGAACGAAUGCUUCGCCCAGCUUGCAGGUACUGUGUUAUCAUUGUGGGACGCGGCUGCCCUGGACGCUGCCGGGGAAGACGGUCAGGUCGUGCCAACCUUCAUUAACCUCAGCGAUGCGUCCAUUAAGAUGAUCGAAUCGCUACCCAUGAACGGAGCCCAAGGUGGCACCCUGCAGAACGUGCUGAGCAUUUCCACUGCGGCCAACAACCGAUACCUGCUCCACUUCAACACGCUGAACUCGCUUACGCAGUGGACAGCCGGCAUCCGGCUGGCCAUGUUCGAGCUGGCCACACUCCAGGAAGCGUACACCGGCUCUCUCAUUGCGGGCAAGGGCCGCUAUCUCAACAACAUCAAGCAGAUUAUGGAUCGUUCCAAGUUUGUUCAUGAUGAUUGGGCACGAGUGAGAUUCGGCGCUGGGACGGUGUGGAAACGCUGCUGGUGCGUCAUCAACCCUCCGGACGAGAAGGAGUUUGCCAAAGCACAAAAGAUGUUGAAGAAGGGCUCUGCGUAUAGCCGUGCAGAGUUUCCCAAGGGCAACAUYAAAUUCUACGAUACUCGUAAAGUGACGAAGAAGACAAGGCCAAUCGCGACCAUCAAGGACGCAUACGCGGCCUAUGCCAUCUACCCGCAGUCGAAGCCUUUGAUUGAUCAGUCGACUUUGGUGAAGCUAGAGGGUUUGGUCACAAUACACACCGGGCAGGAAACCACCACAGAAGGCUUCGUUUUCGUCAUGCCCGAAGCGCACGCUGCUGUCAGCGGAUUUGAGAUGAUGCUGAGGUGGCUGUUCCCGGUCUACGACACAUUCGGCCUAUACGGAAGACCCGCCCGACUGAUUGCGGACACGCUUGAUCAGCGUGGACUGAUGUUUGCCAUGCCUAAAGACAGACGUUAUGGAUAUCUGGACACUCUUGAUGUUUCCGGAUUGAUACACACCGAAGGGAGCCAGAAUUGGAGCGAGAGGCAAUGGCGCAAGGAAAUGAAGAAGCUCACGUCGACCAGAUUGGCAGCGCACAUGGAGGGAUCCCCACGCAGUAGCCGUCAAAUUGGWUCACGCCGCACGAGUCGUAACUCKCUGCCACCGGUGCGAGGGCCACUGCAGUUCCAGUCUCAGCAGCUACCCAUUCACUCGACGCCGGCAUCUCGCAGCGGAUCCCCAGGACCACCUUCUACGGCCUACGGACCGCCGAGACGCACUGAUUCCGCACCUCCGUCUGCGCUGCCAAUGACUUCGCACAAACGUGCUGUUUCGGACGUGCACGGCUAUCGCAAGCACAUGAGUGAGGAGAACUCGUCGCGAUUGUCGGAAGAUAUGGGCAGGAGAAAUGAUGAUCCUCCAUCGCCACCAAUGCACGGCGGUGCAUUCUCUGCUGGUCGCUCUCCGCCGGCGGACUUGCGCGAACGUGCCAUGUCGAACGAUCGCAAUGGCACUGCAUCUCCAUACGAGCAAGCCGCAGCAAUAGGGGGCGUACAGCCAGCCUUUCCACCACCAGCGCCCGUUCUUUCCCCACCUGCUUUCACCCACAGCCCGAGCAGCCGUCCACACAACCAGCCCUAUCAAGCUCCAGAGCUUCGUCGUGCACACUCGAACGUCGACGCGGAAACACUUCAUCAAAUGCAUGAGGCUGCGCGACCAAAAGACGAUGAGAAUAGCGAUAACAAUUCCGAACAAUCUCCACACGAUGCCCCAUCCUACCAUCAACAGAUGCUGCAGGUCGCCAGGUCCCAGGGUGUGGUCCAUUAUGGAAAUGAGAAUGGACAGCGGGAUGCUAGACAGCGGCUUAGCACCAUUCCUGCCUCACCAGAGGUUUCCCACCGCGAUGCCUACUUCAACGCAAGCUCCAUGGACGGUGUUGUGGACAAUGGUAGCCGACCACAGGCCGCCGAGCAACCAGAGAUUGUGUCAGUACAAUCAAACCCCUCCAUCAGCAGAAAGCCAGUGCCCAAGCUGGCACCGCAAGGAGCAGACGAGGCUGCCUCCCAAACAUCUCAGGUUCGUCACUCGGAGCCCAUUGCAAGCUCGUCACCUUCGCCAGACGAUGGCUUUUACUUUGACGGCGUAAUUGACGAUGAGGCCCUAGCACGUAUAUUAGAAAACGACAGUCGCACCAGCACAAUAGCAUCGUCAGUCACCCCCGACUAUGCCAGCAGCGUGAGCACUUCGGAUCAUGAGUCGAAGAAGCAAACGACAGGCGAGAAACCGCGAGCAGGCAAAUUGAAGACUGUUGGCGAUCCUGACAUGCCGGCUGUGUACUCUCGAUCUGGUGGUGCUGGCAAAUUCGAUACCUAUAACAAGGAACUCGACGAACAGAAUGCUGAAAUACCCACUGUAGACUUUGGCCCCACUUAUGCAUACAAGCCGACCAGCCGUCCGGGCACCAGCGGCACCCUUACCCAAGGCGAUAUGGAUAAGCGGCGAUCGAGACGAAUGUCUUCGGGAGAUCGGCUCAGAGCCAGUUCCAAGGACAGGCUUAGUGGGUAUUUUGGAGCACCCGCUGCAAGCCCAGUCGAGACCCAUCGCCCGUCAUAUUUUGGUGGUCGUUCAACACCUACCGGCAUUGACGCUGCAAACAUUCCUGAUCAUCCGAAUAUCGUAGCAUGGAGUCCUGGUGCUACCACCCCGGGCGAUGCUACUCGCCAAUCAUUGUCUCCAGAGCGGUGGGUGCAGUGGCGGGCUUCGGUUGCAUCGCAACCACAGCAGGCCCCGAUACGCAAACUUUCGACUCCGGUCUUUGCGCAUCAACGCCAAAGUUCCUCCCCGAUCCUGAGCAGAUCGCGCCAAUCCAUGAACCAGACUCCACCGCCAUUCUCUAGAAGCCCAUCUGGUGAUUGGACUCAACAGGGACGGCUCCGCACCCCACCAAGCCGACCCAACUCGAGAGGGGCGGGGAUAUAUCUGGCUCAGGGCAAUAGCCAUUCCAUGGCAAACCUGUCAACCUCGGCAUUGACUGCAAAAGAGCAGAUGCUCGUUGCGCGUUCGACAGGCACUCCGCUMAUCAACAUGGCGUCUAGUCCAAAGGGAACCCAGGAGCAGCGAUCAGGCUUGAUCGGAGCUUUGGAGAACCGCGAGCGCGAAAAGGCUGCCAUGAGUCAGGGCCUUCGAAGUGGAGCGGUACAGCAGGCGAUAUACUCAAGACAACAGCAAGCCCAGAUGGAAGCCCACGCUCAAGCUCAGUCGGAAUAUCAGAUGCAGUUGCGGUACUCACAGCGUCUACAGGCGGAACAGUUUGAGCAAAUGGCUUAUCAGCAGUCCUUACUUGCUCAGCAGCAACAUGCUCAGAUGCAGUACCACCAACAGCUGCAGAGUCGUGCGUCGUGGUAUGGGCCUCUACAGACUCAGCAAGGCUACAGUGUGCCACCUUCGACGAGUUCACAUCUGGCGGCCCAGGGUAGCGGGUAUGGUGUUCAAUUCAAUCCACAGCAACAGCAGCAGGGCGGCAAWCGAAGUCCCUACGUCUCGCAACCAGGAGGGCAACCAAGGCGGUAA